AUGGGACCAUCCGACCCACCCGAAUUCGAACCCAUGCCUCCUGCUCCAACCACGGCUCCGGGAGCAGUGGGCAUAGGUGCCGGAGGUGGUCCACCGAUCCCGCCGCCGCUGCCUGGAUUCAGGAAAGCGGCCCGCACUCCUCCUCUCUCUACGGCCGCCGCCAUCAUCGCCUCUCCCGGUGUAGCAGCAGGCUAUCAGGCUGUGAUGCUCGCUCGCGUAGCCACUCUCCGCUAUAUCACAGAAACUUCUCAAUGUAGCAGGCAGCUCAAAGCUAGCAUAUCGAGAUAGUGCUGAAACAGAGGCAUUCGAACACAAAUCUGGGCGGGCGUUAUUCAGCACGCACACACAAAAACGAGGCAAGGUUCUACUAUUGAACGCUAGGGGCGCCCGCAGACCAUCUGAUUUUUCAAAGGGGCUGGUCAUUGGUUGAUUGUAAAUACAAAAUCAGAGCUGAAUAUUAUUGGAUUAUCAUAACAUUAAUUCAUUUUAAUUAACCACACUGUGAUUAUAGCUAGUAGACAAUUAUUGGUCUAUGCAUAAUUAUUGAUUGGACAUUUUAUGACUAUAGUAAGACACGUUAUAUAUUAUAUAGGCUAAUGAUACUUUAUAUCAGGGAUCAUUCAUUCAUAUUUGUUUUUUUCUGCAACAACCAAUGAUGUAUUCCUUAAUAUAAAAUCAUACUCCUCUACUAGCCUACAAUCCAUUAUUGAGACGGAAAUUGUGAUAUUAUGGUGAUAUAAAACUUUUCAUUAGAAGCAAGUCAUAUUAAAAUGUUAUUUUAUAGAUAUAAAAAAUCCACUAUGUCGCUUGCACAUUCCAUCAACAGUUGGAGAAAAUAUGCUUCUGUUAUACUUCAUUUGAAGGUCUGCUUGUAAUCUGUUUAUUAUAUAGUUUAUUACAUAGUUUAUUUUGUGUGUGCUUAAUUUAGGUUGGUAUUUUUGGGACUAUUCCAUUGGUUCCAUUGUACUGGGCAAACUAAAUUACUUGACAUGUAGGCCUAUCUGACUCAGGUCUGAUCUCCAGCUGUAAUUUCUGUCAAUAUUUUUGCUGGUGAGCAGGCUGAGCACUGACUAGGACAGGGCUUGACUUGGUCCCAAUUUACCCAUAAGGAGCACCCACACCUUGUUUAGUAUGAUGUAGUGCCCUCCAGUGGCAAUCAAAGAUACAUUGACUGCUGCUACUACUGUAUUUAUAUGUGAUAAUAGCUUGGAUAGGGACAUUGCAUGCAUAUCUUCUCUUCUGCUCAUAUCUGACAUUAACAGGAGUAAAGCAUUCUAGUGUAGUUAUAAUGCACUGUAAGACGGGUCAUACGCAUGUAUAUGACCCCCUCAGAAUGUCUUAUUACCCUCUUAUAAUGAUCCUGACUAAAAUAAUUGGAGUCAGUUGAACAUGUGCUACACAGAGAGACAUAUUAUAAGCCUUGUGAUAAGAUAUUAAAAUUACAAGGGCUCACACAUGGUUAUGUCAAGUAAUAAAGCAUUAAACCUGUUGGCUUUACGUCAAGUGUUACUGCAGUUCUCAAAGAAAAUCAUAUUUCUAAACCAAAUAUACUGGGAUAGACAAGUGCACCAGCUCAGACAGUUCACCAUCACUAAAUGAAUGAGAGACAACAACUGCCACCACCCUUUAGGUGGUGUAACAUUUUCUGGCCUAUGCAGGCAAAGAAUCGAUUAUCUCUUGCUCUGAGCGAGUGAGCCCAGGGCUGCGUUCAGUACGUUUUCACGUUCUGGAACGUUCAAUUGAACAGAAACGGUGCUGUACCAAGGAUUGUCUAUUAUAUUGACAAGAUAGUCGAUUGACUAUCUUGAUCGCUCUAACAAUGGAAAUACAUGUCCUCAAAGAUGGAAGGCAGGCGGGAGGAGGCGCAGAUACGCGUGUGAACAACAGGCCAUAGAGAUAUUCUCAGCCAGAUUUAAAGCUCUCAACAUAAAAAAUAAUAAUGAAAUAAUUUAAUAGAACUGAAUGAAGACCCCUUUCUCUUGGUCACAGAGGGACGAAAUCACUUCGUGCUUAAAGUUGAAGUUGUAACAAGUCUGCACACAUUUGAAUGGUGUCUCUACGCCGCUCAGUGGACGUUUAGGAGAAAAUUCUCUGUUGACAGUUAAAUUAAAUAGUGCCAAUAUUAUACUGUCACUAAGUAUGAUCAUAUUUAUUUUACAAUUAUAAGAAAUAUAAAAUCUUAUAGUAAGUCAUCUAUAAUUUGAUUGUAACUAUAUUUAGAAAGCAUUUCAGUCAUUUCAAAACCUAUUGCCCCACUUCGGUUAGAUAAGGAAAAAAUUAUAUAGGAUUUGUUAUAUUUACAUAAUAUUUAUACUAUGUACUUGAGUCCUCAAAAGUGUGUACACCUCACCAAUUUAUAACUAUUGUUUUACCAGAAAGAUGAGUUCCAGACCUUUCUAAAACUAUGCAACAUUACCAGUUAUUGUUCAUGGCCAUCUCAUGAAAAACUAUUACGUUUGGGUAUGUCUAUUUAGGCGGAAAUCUACAUUUUACCCUAUCUUUCAAAUGGUAUAAAGCCCAAUUUAUGUGCAAAUAGGCUACAAACGGUGUCGUACACCAGGGCCAGCUUGCAAAAUCAAAUCAGAGUUCACAACCUUGAUAUUUUGAAGAACUUGUUUUAUUUUCCAUACAUUUCACUACAUCUUACACCUGAGUUCCAACGGCUGUCGAAAGCAGACUUAACUUGAAAAAUGAGGUUCCUUAACAUCAAACAAACCGCAAUCAGAUGGCAGUAAAACCUAUUAGUAUUUAACACCUGACUUCUAAAAUAAUACACUGCAGAAUAACACUUUUCCAUAUGCUAAAGAUUUAGCAAUAAUAUAACUUGCUAAGCAAUGUUAUAUCUCUUCAGCAGUUUCUCAAAACAUUGAUUUGUCUAUUUGAUUAUCUAACAUCCCAACAUAAUCCGAAAUGUAAUCACCCUCAGUAGUUUAGGAUACAUGGUAGAUUCUGAGCAAUAGAUAUAAAGCGUGGUUUCAGUUAACUGAUGUCAAACUCAGAAGCAGCUGAAGGAUGUUCCCUAGCUAGCACCACCAUGUGGUCAUUUGUAUGCCAAUUUAUGAGUGAAUGCCAAAUAUGCCAAAUAUACUGUAUGUACAGUAUGCCAAAUAUAUGCUUGUCUUGUGCUUCAAUGGGACAUACAGUGGGAUACAAAAUUAUUGACACCCUUGACAAAGAUGACCAAAAAUGAAUGUAUAAAAUAAUAAGAAUUACUGAGCUAUAUUGUAUGCCCCCAAAAAUUGGGGGAUUAUAUUAUUUUAUACUAAUACAAUUGGUCAGAGAAAUAUAUUUUGUUUAACAAGUAAUGCAAACAUUUCUCAAAAAGGUAGGGGUCAAAAUUAUUGACACGUAUUGACACAAAAUUAUUGACCUUUCAAUACCUUUCAAUACCUAUCCUGGAUAAUGACACUGAGCCUUUUUCUAAAAUGUUUUAUGAGUUGGAAAACAUAUUGGGAGGGUCCAGUGACAGCUAAAUAGACCCAUAACGUCAAAGACCCACCACCAUAUUUUACAGUAGGUAUGGGGUUAUUUUCUGCUUGCGCAUUCUCAUUUCGACGCCAAACCCACCACUGGUGUGGGUGGCCACAGAGCUCUAUUUUCAUGUCAUCUGACCAAAGCAGCGGUUCCAAUCCAAGUGCCAAUGCCGUUUAGCAAACUUCAGGCAUUUACAUUUGUUGGAUGACAUGAAAAUAGAGCUCUUUGGCCACGCACUGCAGUGGUGUGUUUGGCGUUGAAAUGAGAAUGCAUAAGCAGAAAAGAACCCCAUACCUACUGUAAAAUAUAGUGGUGGAUCUUUGAUGUUAUGGGUCUAUUUUGCUUCCACUGGUCCUGGGGCCCUUGUUAAGGUCAUCAUGAACUUUACCCAGUACCAGGACAUUUUAGCCAAGAACCUGGAGACUGAACCUUGACCAAAAGUGGAUCUCCCAGCAAGACAAUAACCCCAAGCACACAUCAAAAUCCACAAAUAAAUGGUUAAUUGGCCACAAAAUGAACAUUUUACAAUGGCCAGCUCAGUCUACGGACUUGAAACCCAUUGAAAACCUGUGGUUUGUAUUGAAGAGGGCAGUCCAUAAGCACAGACGAAGGAUAUCAAGGAUCUGGAAGGAUUCUGUAUGGAGGAAUGCUCUAAGAUCCCUCCCAAUGUGUUCUCAAACUCAUAAAACAUUUUAGAAAGAGGCUCAGAGACGUUAUCCUCGCAAGGUGAGGUCUUGAAAGGUAUUGAAAACAGUGGUGUCAAUCAUGUUUACCCCUUUCUUUUUAGAUUUUUUUGUAUUACUUGUUAAACAAAAUCUCUUUCUCUGAGCAAUUGUAUUAGUAUAAAAUAAUAUAAUGAAUUGCUUUUGGGUGCAUACAAUAUAGCUCAGUAUUUGAAUUAUUUAUUUUAUACAGUAAUUUCUGCUAAUCUUUAUCAAGGGUGUCAAUCAUUUCGGGCCCCAAUGUACCUCCAUAAUAUCAAUUCCCAUAAUUAAAGCACAUGCCUGUAUCAUUAUAACACAUAUUCCAGGGAGAAUAUUACGAACUAGACCAUAGAAACCUUUAUAGGGAUGAUGAUUGAAACUAACUCUCAUGAAGAGGAACUUGUUCUUUCAUACCAAAUACAGGAACUAGGUUUACUACGAUCCUUCUAUAACACCCACCCACAUCAGAAAUAGGCUUGUUACAGUAAAGAGGAAGCCUAAAAACUAUAAACCGUUACAUUGCUUUCAUAUUCCCCUCACAUCCAGGCAGGAGCAUUCAAACCCAGGUAACGACUUGAUGUAUUUUUUCAGCGCUACAUUAUUGUGCUAUCUUCACAAGGUACUUAUUAGAGGUACAUUUUUUUAAACUCAGGAAACUUUUCACGUUUACAAAUUAUAGAGAAAUGUAGCUGUAAAUACUAACAGUGUGUGUGUGUGUGUGUGUGUGUGUGUGUGUGUGUGUGUGUGUGUGUGUGUGUGUGUGUGUGUGUGUGUGUGUGUGUGUGUGUGUGUGCAGGAUGCAGGUGAAACUCAUACUAAUGGCAUUGUGUGCUGUGGUGUCCUCUUUCAAACAACCACUGAGCACUGAGCUGGAUGGCGUCUGGGAGGAGUGGAAAACCCAACACGGCAAACAGUAUGCCAAGGUUACUUAGAGCCUAUGGCAAACACAGUAUGCCAAUCAUAUGAGUUAAUCCUAACUUUCACUUAAAGAUGCAUUAUGCAGAAAUCGCUCCAUGAUUUCCUGGUUGCUAUAAUUCUAAUAGUUUGCCUGACUUCAGUUCAUGUGACAAAACAAGCAAGUAUAGUGUAGAGAAUCAUUGUACCAUCUAAACCUCUGUGAAAUAUAUUUUCCAUAACCAAGAAUAUGUUUAUAUAAAGCUGUUUGAAGCUGGUGUACAAAACCAAAAGUAGAAGACGCAAAAACGAAACGUAAGAAUGGGAGGCAUAGAAAUAGUGCACAUAGAACAGAUCUACCGCUUCUUAGACUUGCUUUCAAUGAGAAUGACAGAUCUAUAACACACAUUUCUAUGUGAAUUUGGUCAGGUCGCCCAAAAAGUCACAUAUUGCAGUUUAAAGUCAAAUAUUGUGCCCAGCUAGCACAUAAUGUUCUGAGAACCAUGUUUCUUAGAGCUUGGUGAAAGCGUGGUUGUCCUAUGGUUAUUUUGCAUACAACCUUCCCACAAUGUUCUGGGAAUGGUACAGGAUAGUUGCUUGGCUUUGAAACAUUCUCAGCACAUUUAAGGAACUUGACAAAAUAACUUUAUUUUCUUGGUAUUUCAUUACUUUAACAGAACAUUUCCUAAAAGUUCAAACAUGGUUACAUUUAAUUGAAUUUUUGGUAAUGUUCUAUAAUAUAAUAUGCCAUUUAGCAGACGCUUUUAUCCAAAGUGACUUACAGUCAUGCGUGCAUACAUUUUUGUGCAUGGGUGGUCCCGGGGAUCGAACCCACUACCUUGGCGUUACAAGCGCCGUGCUCUACCAGCUGAGCUACAGAGGACCAACUGGUUUGUUAUUGGGAAUGUUCUCAAAUAGUUUAGAGAAGGUUAAGAAACAACGUUCUUCUGUGGGAAUAUCAGUACUUCAACAUAACGUUUCCUACAGGUUUCCUCAUGACUCUUUUAAAGUAAUGUUCUCAAAUUGUUCCGAGAACGUUAUGAAACAACGUUCUUCUGUGGGAAUUUCAGUGCUUCAGCAUUACGUUUCCUACCGGUUUCCUCAUGGUUCUAUUUAAAGUAAUGUUCUCAAAUCAUUCUGAGAAUGUUAAGAAACAUACUUCUAUUGGAAUUUCAGUACUUCAGCAUAUCGUUUCCUACAGAUUUCCUCAUAGUUCUAUUUAAAGUGUUCUCAGAACAUUAAUGUUCUCAGAACAUUAAGAAAAUGUUCCAUAAAAAACACAAGAAAACUGUAGUAACGUUCAAAGAACGUUCUAAGAAUGCUAUUUAAAAACAUAUACAUUCCGUUCUCAGCGUCAACAAAACUCUCUCCAUCCUCUAUCUUGUUAAGUGUGUUCCACACCUGAUCUUAAUGAGUGCUUGUUUCCUUUGAAAUAGGGUCUGUUUGAACAGACUAAAAUGAACAGCUUUGUAUGAAUAAAAAAAACAUGGCAUGCUUGCUCCAUCCUGGUGGCACAGUGGACUAAUUCAAUGGAUAGAGACUAGAAAUCAUAGGUUUGAAUCACACUGAUGCCGAGUCACAAUACAAAAUAAAUGUGUUUGCACGAUUAAUGCCUAAGCAAAUACAUUUCCAUGUGUCCUCUCCUUGCUUGGAGUUCAAAACAGUUAACCCAAACUAAGCUAGCCGUCUUAUUGAAACAUUCAGUGAAAGUUUUAAGGAAAUUAUUUAAAAAACUCCAAAUAACUUUGACAUUUUGUUCAAAACAUUCACAACGUUAUUUAAUUACCUUCAAAUAACCUAGAAUUUCCGUUCUCAGAACGUUAAUAAAACUUCCCAGGAAAACAUUCAGGGAACCAUAGUAAAAUGUUCUCAGAACCUCUCUGCAACCAAUAAAUUAACAUUCCCAGAACAGGCAAAAUGUUCAUUUCUGUUCAGUUUUACCGUUCAGGAAACGUAUGCCUUCAUGCCCAGAACCAAUGGGAAACCAAAAAUGUACGUUCCCACAACUUCCAAGGAACCAAGUGUGCUAGCUGGGUGAAAAUGUGACUUAAGUGGAAGUUUAGGAUGUGUUAAGAUUUGCCCCAUAGAGGUUAAUCAUGACGUUAAUAACUUGUGGGGCCUUUGGCUUAUCUUUCUCAGGUGGACGAGGGCUUCAGAAGGAUGAUCUGGGAGACAAACCAAGGCCUCAUCCAUCAACACAACCUGGAGGCAGAAAUUGGCAAGCACACCUUCACCAUGGGAAUGAACCAGUUUGGAGACAUGGUAAGACAACCCACAAUUGUAAUUGGGCCAGCAAUUGGAUGAGCAUGAAACAUGAAUUUAAUAAAUAUAAAUAGGAAAGAGAGCAGCUUUUACAGAUGCAAUGCAGAUUACAAUGCAGAUAUAUGUACACAUUCAUUGUUUUAUACAAUAUUUAAUCAAUUUCUAGAAUUAAAGUUUUCCUGACUAAGAUGGCGAUCCAUUAGGAUGCCGAACCAUUCUAGUGUUCUAUUUAAUUCUGUGUUCCAGACAGAUAAAGAGUACAACACCUUGCUGACUGUUAAUGCUGCUGAGGAGGAGAAAAGCCUGGAUGGGAUCCCCCUCUCUAAGUGGAACAGCAGUCUCUCAGCAGCUCCCGAGACGUGGGACUGGCGUCAAUAUGGAUAUGUGACUCCAGUGAAGAACCAGGUUGAAGAGCAGCCUCUUUCAUUUGUUCUCUCUCACUUUGGGGCGAAUCCUAACUUCCACUUAAGUCGAAAUUUCACUUAGUCUCCCAUUGACAUCAUGCAUGACUAAGUAAAAAUGUGACUUAACUGGAGGUUAGGAUUCGCCCCUUCAUUUUUCUGGUAUUGUACAGAUUGACUGAUAUAGAAAGGAUUAAAGGAGUGGGUAGUCUAGGUGCCACUUAUUAGACAUGACAUGAAAAGCCACUUUCUAUGCAUUUAGAAAGGUGAGAAAACUGUUGUGGUAGUGGCCUGGUAUGAUGAGUAGGGACAGGAGUUUUUCCUGAGCACUUUACCAGGAAAAACAUGCCGCCUUACUUCUAGGGGAUAACUUCAAAGCACAAUAGGGGAAAUACAACUUGUAUUUUAUCUAGGGGCAUUGUGGGCUUUGCAUUUACUUCUAGGCAAUAACUUCAAAGCAAAACAGUAGAAAUGAAAAUGAUUUUUUUGAUCUAGGGGCAUUGUGGAUCUUGCUAUGCAUUUGCUGCAGUCGGAGCCCUGGAGGGCCAGUUGUUUAAGCAGACAGGCAAAUUGUUGCCUCUGAGUGAGCAGAACCUGGUGGACUGCAGUGGAGACUAUGACAAUAAUGGCUGUGACGGUGGCUUGGCCAUGAGGUGUUUUAGUUAUGUCUCAGAUCAUGGGAUUAUGUCGGAGAGGAAAUAUCCUUACACUGCAGAGGUACAAUACAAUAUGUUACCAUUAGGGUUGCAAAAUUCUUGUAACUUUCCCAAAAUUCUCAGGUUUUCCAGAAAUCCCAGUUGGAAUAUUCUUGGAAUCAUGAGGGAAUAACCAGGAAACCAGGAAUCCUCCAACCAGUAUUUCUGGAAAAAGUGGGAAUUUUGGAAAGUACAUAGAAUAGAUGAGUGAAAAGCUCACUGUAAAGCUUGAGAUUAUCAAAUUAAACUGUUUUCAGGUGGGCCCUUGUAAAUACCAGAAUGCAACAAAGGAAGCCUGGUGCAAGGGCAUCAACAGAGUUCCUUCUCUGGAUGAAAAAGUGUUUCGAGACACUUUGUAUGAGGUCGGCCCUAUCGCUGUGUCUGUGAACGCCAGACAUCCCUCCUUCAAACUCUACAAAGAUGGUGAGCUUGGUGUCACACUCCUAUUAUUAGAUGUGAACAAGUAUACAUGUACAUUCAUGUCAAGGGUAUGCUCUCCAAAAAGAGGUCAUAGAUUAUCUCUUUUGAGAUUGUAGUAGUUCGACUUUACUGCAUGGACUCUUCUGCAAACGUGUUACUACAAUUUUAGGUGUGAACCAUUAAGCAACAUAUAAAUAAGAAGAGAAAACAGCCCUAGUCUUACCAAUACCAGGUCAUGUUUAACAAGCUAGUCUGAGGAGUAAAAAGUGUCAUUGUUGACAAAGGUUUACAGCCCAGGUUGGUCAUACAGUGAAAUAACUCAUACUUUACACAUGGAGACACAUAAAAAAAUUACUUUGGAAACACUUUACUUAAAGCAUCCAGGCAUACCUUGUUAUAACCAUGUAUGAGUCUUUAUAAUGUCUUAUAUCAAGGCUUAUAUUAUGUCUUUCUAUGCAUAUAUUUUCAACUGGUUAUUUUGCCCGUAUCACUAUGAAAUUAUUAUAAUGUUAAGGGGUCAUACAUCAUCAUGACAAGUUGUAAUGCAUUAUAACUGGAUGCUUUAAGUAAAGGGUUACUAUUACCUCUAUGAAAUUGUAAAUAAAUACAUAUGAAUUGCACAUUAACUUUUGUAGUGUUUCUUCUUUAGGAGUCCUCUACCAGCCUGACUGUUCAACAAGAACCAACCAUGCUGUACUGGCUGUCGGGUAUGGUAGUUCUUACCUGGACUACUGGAUUGUGAAAAACAGGUCAGUGUUUACUUUGACAGUAUAAAGUCAUCCAACAACUCAAUAUUAAUGACAUAGGGCAACCUUUUCGAUGCAGAAAAUACAGUGUGAUUUAAUUCGACACUUCUGUGUUAUAAAAAGGCCACCAUUUACGCAUUGCUCAGUUUACAAAAAAUCUAGUUAAAUAAUCCCCAUUUUAUAACGCACACUGUCGAAGAAAAGUUCCAAAUUAAAUUGUACUGCCAGGUUUUAACGGAUUUUAAUUGUAUUCACACGUCAUGUACAUAUCUAAUGUAAAUGUACACACACUCGGUACUAAGUAUUCUUUAAUUUCUCCAUUGGUUUUGCAGCUGGGGGACAGGUUGGGGAAGAGACGGGUACAUUCUCAUAGCCAGAGGAUACAACCAGUGUGGUAUUGCCAAUCGCCCA